AUGUGGAGUGAUCGAACGCGCUUUCUCACCGCCUUGUCACAGUUACGAAGCCUUGAAUUUCCACGCAAGCCCUUUGGUUUUGGGCGCUCAAGUCUAUGCCAUCAACACGACGACGUAACAAUUCCCCGCGCCUCCACCCUCAAGAAGACCCUUGACACGUCCAGAACCGCACACUCUUUCUCUCCCUCCACCGUCAUCCUCACCUAUCGCCUCCCUGCCGCAGCCAUGACGCAAACACCCUUCUACACACCCAUCAAACCCGUCAAGCUCGACGGUACAACUCUCAUCAUACCAGCCGUGUCCAUCGGCUCCGUGCCCCAACUGGCCAUCGACCUGCUCAUUAACGACGCCUCUCUCUCGCUCGUCAAAGUAGGACGCAUCGAUCCUAGCUUCUGCUUUCCCUUUGUCGGUCCUUCCGAAUCCGCGCAUUCGAACGACAUCACCACUUCUCUCGAAGGUAAGCGCAACCACUCUUUUGUACAUUUCUCACAUUCGAGCUCCGAUACUGAUCAUUUUCCCCUUCUCAACUGUACAGUGUUCUCCAACGGAUCCCUGACCGUCAUUCAACAGCAUUCUCCCAUCCUCAAAUCCACCCAGUCCACAUACAUCUCCGCCCUCACCUCCUUUCUCUCUUCCACCCGCUUCACCGAGAUCCUCUACCUCACAUCGCUCGACUCCGCCGCACGUACAGACGACGAGUUCUCCACCCCACUCCUCUCGCUCUUUCCCCCCUCCUCCUUGCCUGCUACAACACCGAUCUUCACCCAACUACGCGCAAAGUUCCCCGCAUUCAACCCACUACAGCAGAAAACCGAAGUGCCGCACAUUCCAGGAUCUCUAUUGACACGAAAGCUCGUACAGCAUGUAGACUCCUCAGAUGUAAAAGAUCGAUUUGGGGCGCUGCUCUACUUUGCUGCGGAGGGUGAUACGAGGUCCGACGCACACGCGCUCGCCAACGUCGUCCUCUCCCUCCUCCCCUCUUCCUCUGCCCCCACAUCGCUCACAGACCCACCCUCCUGGUCAGCACUAUUCGGUUCUCCCGCAGCACCAUCCCUGUACGCUUAA